UUCGAAAAGUAAAUCUAUACACGUUCGAGUUCGACGGGAAACGUGUCGAAUGUCAAGUUCAAACGGUCGGACGUAAUAAUUUUAUGCUGAUUAGCAAUAGACAAGCAAGUUAUAGUUUGUUCGAAAAACAGAAUACCCCAGUGAUUCGGUUUGUUUAUUUCACAGUCUCCAUUAAUAUACUUAUUUUUGUAAUGUUACGGUUUUUUUGUUCCGUGCCGUGCAAUUCGUCACUAUUACGUGCGUUCGUUACCAGACAACCAACUAGGAUCUACUCAUCCUUUAUCAAACAUACAUCCUACAGAAAACCUAUUCAAAUACCAUCGAUUAAUAUACAAAAACUAAAUCCAAUAUGGAUGCUAGCUGGAUCUACAGGUUAUAUUGGAUAUAGAUAUUUAUUUAAUGGAAGUAAUAUAGUCCAAUGUGCGCACAAGGAACUUGAAAAAUCAUCGGAAAAUAAUUAUUUUGAUUGGAAUAAAUUGUUAUCUUAUUUGUCACCAGAUUUAUUAAAUUUACUAGCAGCUAUUACCGCUGCAUUUGUUGUUGCUUUGUGCAAUUUAAGCAUUCCUAUCAAUUUACAACAUGUCAUAAAUACUAUACUUCAAUUUGCUCGAGAUGGGGUGCAAUAUGAUUUUGAAAAACUUACCAAACCAUUAUCUAAACUGUUGGUGCUCUAUUUGACACAGGGUAUAUCUACAUUUAUAUGUAUAAGUAUGCUUUCAAAAGUUGGUGAAAAUGUAGCAAUACGUAUGAGGUAUAAUCUUUUUUCAUCUAUACUACAACAAGAUUUAGAGUUUUUUGAUAAAACUCGUACCGGAGAUAUUUUACAAAGAUUAACAACAGAUGUACAAGAAUUUAAAAGUUCUUUCAAACUUGUUAUAGUACAAGGACUUAAAAAUGCUACACAAUUGAUUGGCGGUGUUUAUGCUCUUUACAAUACUUCACCAGAAAUGACUGCAGCUGUAGCCAUUGUGUUACCAACAAUAAUUGUUAUAGGCUCAUUUUUCGGUUCUAUUUUAAGAAAACUUAGCAAAGAAGCUCAAGAACAAGGUACAAAAGCAACUAUAAUAGCAGAAGAAGUAGUUGGAAAUAUGAGAACUGUUCGUGCAUUUGCAUCAGAAUCUGUAGAAUGUGAACGAUUUUAUACAGAAAUUGAAAGCAAUGGACUACUGCAUAAGAAAUUAGGCUAUGGCAUUGGAUUAUUUCAAGCUGGUAGUAAUGUAUUUCUUAAUGGUAUUGUUUUGGGGACAAUAUUUCUCGGUGGACAGUUAAUGACAACCAGUAGUCUAGAUCCUGGACAACUGAUGUCUUUCCUCAUGGUUACCCAAAUGCUUCAACAUUCAUUAGGACAAUUUUCAUUGUUAUUUGGUCAUUAUGUUAAAGGCAUUGCUGCAGGAUCGAGAAUAUUUGAAUACAUAAACAAGAAACCUAAAACACUUCUCAAUGGUGGAGUUAUGAUUCCAUUCCAUUCUUUUAAACCAGAAAUUGAAUUUAAAGAUAUCACAUUUGCUUAUCCCACCAGACCAGAACAAAUUGUAUUGAAAGAUUUCAAUUUAACUCUUCCUCCUGGUAAAGUUGUUGCAGUUGUCGGAUCCUCUGGUAAUGGUAAAUCUACUAUUGCUUCACUUCUUAUGAGAUUUUAUGAUGUUAAUUCAGGGAGUAUAAGAAUUGGUGGGGAAGAUUUAAAGAAUAUUGAUCAAACUUGGCUACGUAAGCGAAUAAUUGGUUUAAUUAACCAGGAACCAGUACUAUUUGCCAUGUCAAUUUUAGAAAACAUACGCUAUGGAAAGCCAGAAGCAACAGAUAAUGAGGUAGUUGAAGCUGCAAAAAUAGCUAAUGCCGAUUCUUUCAUCACUGCUUUUCCUAAUGGUUAUAAUACAGUAGUUGGUGAGCGAGGAGUAACAGUUUCAGGUGGACAAAAACAAAGAAUUGCUAUUGCAAGAGCUAUUUUGAAAAACCCUGCUAUACUUAUAUUAGAUGAAGCAACGAGUGCACUAGAUACAGAGUCUGAGAUGCAUGUUCAGUCAGCAUUAGAAUCUGUAUCAAAUGGAAAAACGGUUUUAGUAAUUGCUCAUAGAUUGAGCACCAUAAAAAAUGCAGAUGUUAUUGUAGUUUUGGAUAAAGGAGAAAUUGUUGAAAUUGGCGAUCAUAACAGUUUGUUGAAAAAGAAAGGAUUAUACUGGAAUCUAAUGAAUCAACAAGCAUCGGACAAAGCAAAAGCUGCAUAAGUUGUGUAUGUUACCUAAAAUACACGAUAAAAACUUAACUGAAAAAGAGACCCUCUGAGAUUUUUUAGUUGAAAUAACUAUCAAAGUAUAAUGUUAUGUACUGAUAAUUAAUAUGUAGAUAAAAAUUAAAAUUAAUUUUAUAUGUCUAUGUUUAUAUUUA